CUUCUAGGUAUGAGGAAUUUGCUAUCUGAUUAGCAACAUCACGCCUCUGGAAGGAAGGAAGCUAAAGAACCUUCAGGGAGACGGUUGCCUGCAGAGGUGGAUAGAACAUCGGUCCGUUGCUAGGAUACCAAACAGAAGCAUCCCGAUUGAACUGUUUCCUUCUCUGGGUACCCACAGAGCUUUAUUUGCAGGGGCAACAGGGGAGAGAAGAAAGGAUUAUUGAGAGUUUUGAUUGUACCAGGAGGAAGCAGAAAAUGGAGACUGCCUAUCUCAAAAAAUGCCUCGGCGCGUGCUUAGCGGAAGGACUUGCCGAAGUGGCUGAACGCCGGCCGGCGGACCCGAUAGAGUACUUGGCCCACUGGAUUCACAAAUACAGGAAGAACAUGGAUGAAGCAUUGCGGAGAAGACUGGAGAGAGAGGAGCUGGAGCGUGAGCGUGAGGAGGCCCAAAGAGAAGUGGAGAUGCUUGAAAGAAUGAAAGAAGAAGAACUUUUGAUCCAGCAGAAGCUCGAAGAAGAGAGACAGGCCGAACUGGAACGUGAGCGUGAAGAGCAGGAGAGGCUCGACAGAGAGAGAGCCGAAGAACUCAUCUUAGAGCAGAAGCGGAUUGAAGAGAUGGAGGCAAAGGUGGCAGCGGAAAGGGAGGUGCAGUCCAAGACCUUGGCGGAGUUAACAGAUAAAUACGGCGCUCCCCAUUUGACCCGGGUCGAGGAGAUAGAUGAAAUGGAGCAAUCUGAAAACGCGCUGCCAACUAUUGCUGAGUCAGAGGAAGAAGACGCAGCGAUAGAGUAAAGGCUUGAGGGCUUUGGGGUUUUUCCCCCCUAAGUUCCCAUCAGUUUCCCUGGAAUCGGCAAACUUCAACGCUCUCUGGAUGGACCCACGGAGAAUACGGAGGACACGGGAAGCUAAAUUAUAUGACGACCCCAUGAAGCUGAGAAGUGGAGUUUUUCUCCUUUAGAAAGACGAGUAAAUAAAACAAGGUUUUCCCAUUA